AUGGUCAAGUUGCUCGUUAAGGUCAUCGAUUGAGUAUUUUUCAAUGACAUAAAAUAUUCUUAACUUUCAAAAAGAUUUUUUUGGGGUUCAAAAAGUUUAAAAAAACUUUAUAAAAAAAUAUUUUUUUCAAAUUAUAAAAAAAUAACUUUUUUUAUUUUUGAAAUAAAAAAGGAGAAAUCGGAAAAGGAUCUUUCCUGGAAUUCGCUUCAAAUUUAUUUCAAAACUGCGGCUCCUUCGAAGAGUCGAACAAAGGAAACCCCAGAAGCCAAAACAGAACUUCUCGAAAACACUUUUUAUAUCCUUUUGAGGUGACUUGAGUACUCGAAAAGUACUUCAUUCAUUUUUUUUUUCGGAUUUUUUUUUUCAGACGUUUGUUCGUAGCAAUUGUGACCAGAAGUUUCCAGAAAGCCCAAAUCCUGGCCAAGGCGUUAUCAAUAAGAUCGAAAGCUAUUUGACAAAGUUCGUGGAAGAUAAAAAUGUUUCACACCCCAAGAAAGUUCAGCAACUCAAAACCUAUCAGUGAGAAAGGUGCAAAAAAUUUUCGACCACGGCAGGACUCGAACCUACAAUCCCCAGAUCCGAAGUCUGGUGCCUUAUCCAUUAGGCCACGCGGCCCAUGA